AUUUUAUUUCCUAAUCAAAUUAUCCCGCUUGUUAAUUUAUCUCUUAAAAAUAAAUUUAAUUUUUUGUUUCGCCGUGGAUUUCUAUAGUGGAAAACGCAAAGUUAGGAGGAAAAAGAAAAAAGAAAAAAUUUGAGGAAAAGAAAGGGGCAGUCUCUCUCCAGUACCCACUUGUGUUUUUGUUCUGCUACUAUCACCUUCCCCCAUGAACAAGAAUUUAACACAGAGAGGAGAGACAGAUAGAGACUGCAAGUAGAGGGGGGAGUCAUAUAGUAGAAGCCUAAACGGCGGGGGACGGUAGCGCCGGGCCCUAAUUUUGCGGCCUGGUUCGGUAAUAUGGAUUCUUCUACUUUCUCUCUCUUCCAAGGUCGCUUCCUUCCCACGGCAAUUAUACUUUGAUACCCAGUAAAAGAUCGAUUCGUGACCUUUUGAUUAUCUUUCUUUUAUCUUUUAUUAGUUUUGUUCGUAACACUGGCACACCUUAAAGGAACUCAAGCGUUUCUUCGAUUAUCCUCCAUUAUAGCAGAUCGAUUCGAUUUCAAAUCGAAGAAAAAGAAGAGUGGAGGAUUUUACCGUGGAAAAAUGCUUUCGAUUUUGAGAUUCUCUGGAUAUUUCUCAGCCGCAACCUUGUUGAUCGUUCUAUCACUUUCUUUCCAAUCGUCUCCUCCUGCAGAAGCCAUUAAAUCCUCCCAUCUGUCCUCCGUUGAUUCACUAAAUCCUUUUUCAUUCCGAAAAGCUUCGAUAUUUCGCAAUGCUGAUGAAUGUGGCUCCACUGCCUACAAAAUCUCCGGUAGAACUGGUGUUUGCGAUCCCUCGCUGGUCCAUGUCGCGAUUACUCUCGAUGUUGACUACCUCCGUGGCUCAAUCGCAGCGGUUCAUUCCAUUUUGCAACAUUCGAUGUGUCCAGAGAGUAUUUUCUUUCACUUCUUGGUCUCAGAGAUCAAUCUGGAAAAACUAGUGAGAUCCACUUUCCCGCAAUUGAAGUUCAAGGUUUAUUAUUUCGAUCCAGAUAUAGUACGAAACAUGAUCUCGACUUCUGUUAGACAAGCACUUGAACAGCCGUUAAAUUAUGCCAGAAAUUAUUUGGCUGAUCUGUUAGAGCCAUGUGUUGGUAGAGUGAUUUAUUUAGACUCUGAUUUAGUGGUUGUUGACGAUAUUGCGAAACUCUGGAAAACAAGCUUGGGUUCGAGAACAAUAGGUGCGCCAGAAUACUGCCACGCAAACUUAACCAAAUAUUUCACGGCAACGUUUUGGAGUGAGAGAAGAUUUUCUUCUACUUUUUAUGGAAGAAGACCUUGUUACUUUAAUACGGGAGUGAUGGUUAUAGAUCUGGUUAAGUGGAGAUUGGCUGGAUACACCAAACGGAUUGAGAGGUGGAUGGAGAUCCAGAAGAGUGACAGGAUCUAUGAGCUCGGCUCACUGCCGCCGUUCCUCUUGGUUUUUGCUGGACACGUGGCGCCGAUUGAACACAGGUGGAACCAGCACGGUUUGGGUGGGGAUAAUGUGCGUGGCAGCUGUCGUGACCUACAUCCUGGUCCGGUUAGCUUACUACAUUGGUCCGGUAGCGGAAAGCCAUGGAUUAGGCUUGACUCUAAGCGACAUUGCCCUCUUGAUACACUAUGGGCACCAUACGAUUUGUACGGCCACUCAUAUUGAAUCAUCAUCCUCUUUUUCUUGGUGGCACAUGCCGAAUGGUGGUAGGCCAUUUGGUAAUGUGCUGCAGCGUUGGUAGGGACUUAAAAGAUGUAGCCUUGUAGAUUUUGCCUUUGCGUUUUUAAUCCCAUUUCUACCAGAAAAUUAGUAAGAAAAAGUGAAUAAACAAUCUAGUAUUUGAAGUUUAAGGAGCAAAAGGUGGGAGGAGCAUAUGUAUUGAACUGUUUGUUGGUUUGUCCUUAUUUCAACGGUGGCCGAAAGGAACCGACUACAAGAGUAUUUUGUUUCUAAAAUUGGGGUGUGGUGCCGGCUGAAGAGAUAAACUAAAACUAGGCAUGGGAAGAAUCCAAAAAAGCUCCUAAGUUAUGAUAGGAUCCAAGACCACUAAGGGUUUACUUCGGUGGCAGCGGCUGAAGAAUUGUGAACUACCUCCCACUCUGUCUCUUGCGCAUUUAGGAGGCAAUCCCUUUUUUUCAUUAGAUUUAUUAAUAUUUGUUGUUUUCAUUAAUUAUUUUGGUUUUAUAGACAAUGUAGUUAUAUGUACAGCUAUAUCACACCAAUUAUAGGGAAAUAGUACCAAUCACCCCCUUAAUCUCAUUGUUGCGUGAGAAGUGUCCAAAGUAGGGGGAUGGGAACGAUUCUUUUUGCCCUGGAUUCACACGUGGCCAGUUGCUUGAGUCUUGUGGAAUCAACGGGUUUCAUGUUGUGAUUGUUUUAUACUUGCUAUGAUUGAGAUGAUCUUACAGAGUUGUAUUUGUAUAAAGAUUUGUUGGAUUUUCUCUAUAUUUAUUUUAUGUUAAAAACUCGAUUAGGACACAUUAACACACGUUGGGUCUACCUAAUUUAAUCUGUGAAAUCAUAAGAGAUCAAUCUGAC